GACCCCGAUGUGGUGACUGUUCCCUUGCCUGUGGAAUAUGGCCCCCUCCCUGAAGAGGAGGAGCGGGUACCCAUGCGCCCUGAGGACCCCACGGCCUCCCCCCUGCUGGCGUCCACUCUGACGCCUGACGAUGCGGGCCCCGCACCGUCAGCCCCCAAGCCCACCGGGGCCACUGAGGCUCAACAACCCCAGCCAUUCACCAUGACCACAGCCACCUCCAAGGUGCCUCCCCCCAUCUUCACCCAGCAACCUAACCCAGACGGUGGCCACGUCAAUCUGGCCUUCACCCAGGGCCACCCUGGGGAUAAGGAGGGUCGCAAUGGGAAACCUACCAACCUGUGGAACCCCACUUACGGCUCCUGGUUCCUCCAGCUGCAGCAGCAGAAGAAGCAGCAGCAUCAGCAACAACCGCAGCAACAACAACAACAGCUGCAGCAAAAGCAGGAAAGAGCGGGCAGUGGAGGUGGGGGAGUAGGAGGUGGGAGGGUGCCGGGCGAGGGGCAGGAGCACAAGGGACGGACUGUGGGCGAGUCGGUGGGGGCCCUGAGUCUCCAGCACCAGCAGCAGUUCCAGCCACCAUACCCCUUCCAUCCACAGCAGCAACAGCAGAUGCAGCUCUUACAUCACCAGCAGCAGCAACAGCAGGGGUUCUGCAGGCCGCUUUUGCCACCUCCGCCACCACCCCAGGCUACCUCCUUGGGUACCACUGACCCUACCCCUUCCCCGCUCCUGUUAGAUUCGGCCGCCCUACCCCCGGUCCCCCUAUUUAGACUUCGCAGAUUCCCCUGCGGGAACAUCGGCUAUGGCUACCAGGAUCAAGGGUUACCCCUAGAGGCAGCCCAUCACCACCAGAAUCCUGCCUCUGUCUACCCCCCUCCUCCACCGCCCCCUCCCCCGCCACCCGUGGCCCCCCAGAGAGGAGUGGCGGGGACCCAGCUGUCGCUGAGCCACUCGACGAUGGCCAAAUCCGAGGACAGCCUCCCUCUGCUGGUCACCAUGGGGACGGUGCAGGACCCGAGUCUGCCCCGGAUGGAGGGCCACAAUGCCACAGUGCUGUAGCCCCUCCAACCCCCAACCUCCACCUUGCUUUUUGGCUCCCACCUCGGAGACUGUGUGUACAGACAGAUAGGCAUACAGACAGACUUGAUGAUCCACCGUGCAACACUGUGUCAAGACACCUUUCGAACAGCCUUCCCGUUUCGACACCUUGGUUUCAUCCACCGAUUGGAUCAAGCCAUUGCAUUGAGUCCAAAAUGUUUCAUCCCAAUGAGAUAAAAUGGCUGUGGAAAUUACAAUGCGGUGUUAAAGCACAUUGGAGCGCUGCAAAGGACCACUAAGAAGAAAAGGUUGUAGGUUGAUGGCUAGGAAAAUAGGAACAAUUGUACAUUUUGCAGCACUGGUUAAUGUUCAGUAGACAAUUGUGGCAGGACGGUUAGAUGUUUCCAUUCGGUUGAACUAGCUAACUUCUUUGCAAUGUGUUCACGAGCCGACCGCUCAUCUUCGCGGCUCUGUCGAUGUCAAAGCAGCCUUUCACAUGGAGUCAUGCUGGAAACACACAAACAGAACAUACAAACACAUAACUAAGAACCAUACACAUCUGCUAGAUGUCUAACUGACUGUAGCAUUAGCUAACUUCUUCUCUAGCUGUCAUUCAUUGCGGGUUAUCUAUUUCAUUGGAAAUUCAGGCCUUGGCAGUUGAUUCAACAAUCAGAAAGAAUUUUUCCCAAAAUAUCGUGAGUGUCGGACGUUGGAUUCCUGAGGUUUUUUGUGGGGUUUUUUUACAAUGAAGAAAAAAUGUGUUUGUUGAUGCUUGCUUGCCUGCUUGUUUAUUUAUUAAUUUGUCUAUUUAUUAUUUGGGAGCUCUAUAAAUUAUUAAUACACCAACCUUAUCCAAAUUAAAAUGACAUACUGUACAUGGGUUAGCUAUUUGACUUUUUUUUUGCACUAAUCUUUGUCCAACGUCGACUUAAUUGAAUUAAUAUAAACCCUUGUGAACAAUGACAAAUGCACUGAAUGUUAUUUCAGAUAGUUGGAAUCAGUACUCAUGGUGGUACGAGGGUGGGAGUGAAAGGGAAUUGUUGGGGGGGUGUAACGGUGCCAUGAGUAUGUGAGUGGCUGUCUUUGCAAUUUAAGGUGUGUGAUUAGGUGUGUUUGAGCGAGAGGGAGAGGGAAAGAAAGACGGACAGAAUUUUUUUUCUUAGAAGGGCAAUACUAUGGAGCUUACUGUAUACUGAUCUUAAAUGUUUAUUCAGGCAAGUUCACCUUCCAUUCCUCGUUAAAUAUGUUUUAUAUGUAUAUAAUAUGGUCCUCUAUGGAAAGACAGAAAUUACUGUUCCAUGGACUCUUAUAUGUGGCAAUUAAUUUAAUUGAAAGUGUGCUUUUAAAUGAAGACAUUUUGGCUUUUUUUUUAUCAAUAACGUUUUCUUGAUUCAUGACCUGCAAAAAUGUAUUAAACUACGUUGUUGCCUUAGCCAGCAGCAAUUACAUCAUAUAGUACCAGUCAAAAGUUUGAACACACUAUUUUCUACAGUGCCUUGCAAAAGUAUUCACCCUCCUUGGCGUUUUUCCUAUUUUGUUGCACUGUUGCAAAGCCUUUUUGAAAUCGGACACGAUGGGUAGAUUAACAAGAAGUGUAUCUUUCAUUUGGUGUAUUGCACUUGUUAUUGUGUGAAAGUUACAUAUUUCAAAAAAAAUAUAUUGAAUUUCCCGCACUGCCUUUUCAGCAGAAUGUUGUCGUGGGGUUCCGCUAGCGGAACGCCUGCGUUAGAAAGGUUAAAAAAAUAAAUAAAACAAAAACAGAAAAGACCUGCGUGCAUAUUUAUUCACCCCCUUUGCUAUGAAGACCCUAAAUAAGAUCUGGUGCAACCAAUUACCUUCAGAAGUCAUAUAAUUAGUUAAAUAACGUCCACCUGUGUGCAAUCUAAGUGUCACAGGAUCCCAGUAUAUAUACACCUGUUCUGAAAGGCCCUAGAGUCUGCAACACCACUAAGCAAGGGGAACCACCAAGCGAGCGGCACUAUGAAGACCAAGGAGCUCUCCAAACGGGUCAGGGACAAAGUAGUGGAGAAGUACAGAUCAGGGUUGGGUUAUAAAACAUAUCCAAAACUUUUAAUACCCCACGGAGCACCAUUAAAACAAUUAUUUAAAAAUGGAAAGAAUAUAGCACCACAACAAAGGGAGCCGCCCACCAAAACUCAUGGACCAGGCAAGGAUGGCAUUAAACAGAGAAGCAACAAGGAGACCAAAGAUAACCCUAAAGGAGCAGCAAAGCUCCACAGCGGAGAUUGGAGAAUCUGUCCAUAAGACCUCUUUAAGCCGUACACUCCACAAUGCUGGGCUUUACGGAAGAGUGGCCAGAAAAAAAAGACAUUGCUUUUUUAAGCAAACACUAAAACUGAGCUUUUUGGCAAUAGAGGAAAACGCUAUAUCUGGCGCAAACCCAACAACUCUCAUCACCCUGAGAAUACCAUCCCCACAGUGGAGCAUGGUGGUGGCAGCAUCAUGCUGUGGGGAUGUUUUUAUUGGCAGGGACUGGGAAACUAGUCAGAAUUGAAGGAAUGAUGGAUGGCACUAAAUACAAAGUAAUUAUUGAGGGAAACCCGUUUCAGUCCUCCAGAGAUUUAAGACUAGGAAAGAGGUUCACCUUCCAGCAGGACAAUGACCCUAAGCAUACUGCUAUAGCAACAUUCGAGUGGUUUAAGGGGAAACAUUUAAAUGUCUUGGAAUGGCCUAGUCGAAGCCCAGACCUCAAUCCAAUUGAGAAUCUGUGUUAUGACUUAAAGAUUGCUGUACACCAACGGAGCCCAUCCAACUUGAAUGAGCUGAAGCAGUUUUGCCUUGAAGAAUGGGCAAAAAUCCCAGUGGCUAGAUGUGCCAAGCUUAUAGAGACAUACCCCAAGAGACUUGCAGCUGUAAUUGCUGCAAAAGGUGGCCACACAAAGUAAUGAAUUUGGGGGGGUUAAUAGUUAUGCACACCUAAGUUUUCUGUUUUUUUGUCUUAUUUCUUGUUUGUUUCACCCCCCAAAAUAUUUUGCAUCUUCAAACAUGUGUCAAUCAAAUGAUACAAACCCCCCAAAAAUCUAUUUUAAUUCCAGGUUGUAAGGUAGCAAAAUAGGAAAAAUUCCAAAGUGGUGAAUACUUUCACAAGCCACUGUAGACGCUGCAGUAAAUAAAUCUGAAUAAAAACGUCUCUCUUGUCCAGGACCGGAGUCUACGCAGACCGGUGCGCCAUAGCCAAUCAGAGGUACAGUAGGCCUAUAUAAAAACCAGCCAUUUACCACAAGGGCCUGCCAUCAUUCACUUUGAACUGGACUGCCAACAUGGGGGUGAAUACUUGCGCAAGCCACUGUCCAUUGUAUAAUAAUAGUGAAGGCAUCAAAAAUAUGAAAUAACACAUGGAAUCAUGUAGUAACCAAAAAAUUGUUAAACAAAUCUAAAUAUAUUUUAUAUUUGAGAUUCUUCAAAGUAGCCAACCUUUGCCUUGAUGACAGCUUUGCACACUCUUGGCAUUCUCCCUUGAAUAAGUAGGUAUUCUAAAACUUUUGACUGGUACUGUAUAUACAAAAGUAUGUGGACACCUCUUAAAAUUAGUGGAUUCAGCUAUUUCAGUUGGAAUCACGAUUCUAUUCUUCCAACUUUGUGGCAAUAGUUUGGGGAAGGAUCUAUUCUGUUUCUGCAUGACAAUGCCCCCCAUGCACAAAGCGAGGUCCAUACAGAAAUGUUUUGCGAGAUCAGUGUGGAGGAACUUGACUGGCUUGCACAGAGCCCUUACCUCAACCCCAUCGCAAACCUUUGGGAUGAAUUGGAACGCCGACUGCAAGCCAGGCCUAAUCUCCCAACAUCAGUUACCGACCUCACAAAUGUUCUUGUGGCUGAAUGGAAGCAAGUCCCUGCAGCAACAUUCCAACAUCUAUUGGAAAGCCUUCCCAAAAGAGUGGAGGCUGUUAUCGCAGCAAAAUUCAUAUUAAUGCCAAUCAUUUUGGAAUGAGAUGUUAGAGAACCAGGUGCCCACAUACUUUUGGUCAUGUAGUGUAUACUGGACAAUAUUGAAUAGAUCUUUACCCACAAAAUGCUAUUUUGAAGAAAUAUAUGUUCAUAAAUCUACAUCAUUUUUCUAUUUGAAUAAGAGUGUUGUAGAAUAUAAAGUAUUCUGAGUGAAAAGUUUGAACCCAAAUUGCUUGUGGUCCACUUGUGAAUGAAUCUAUAGGAAAUAUUUUGUGAGGAUCUUAUCCCAUUGGUCAUCAAUCAUGUACACAUUUACAUUCAAUGUGCAUAGUGUCAACACUGUCAAUGCAAUCUGCUUUUAUAAAUUCAAAGACAUAUGUUUUAUGUGAUCAUUACUUCAAUAUAAUGUGCAAUCGAAACAACUUUCAUGUACAUAAGUCUCAAAUGGGUACAUGAAGAUGAGUGCUAGCCUAUGCUAAGCUAAGAGGAAGGUGAUUUGAGUGUCUCUAGGAAGUGCCAAUGUGUCAGUUGUUUGCCUGUUGGCUUGAAUAUGUUGUGUAAACCCUUUGCUUGUACGCUCUUUCAUAAAGCCUUACAAGCUGUUAUAGACAAGUAGUGAAGAUAUUUGAUAAUUUGACAUAAACUGACUUAUACCGGCUGUAUUUCUGCCCAAGAUGGCAAAAUAAGAACAUGAAAUGACACCGAGAAUCGAUAGAACAUUGCUCAAAGAUUCCCAAAAACGAUAACAUUCAAAAUGAUUUAAUUUUUCCUUUAAGGUGCUCUCUGGCUUAUGACAGAGGGUUCACGUAACAUGUUGCACACUUUUCCCAAUCAGCUGUGUGUUCACAUUAUAUGCGGUUUCUUUGCAGCAGCACAUAUCUCCAUUGCUCCUUGUAAAAAAACAAUUGAACUGCAACUGUAAAAUGUUGUUAUUGUAAAGUAUUGUACUAUGACUCUGGUAAACCCUGUAAGUUGCCCUUCAGAUGACAUCUGCCAAAACUGAAUAAAUUACUAUAUAAUGACUAUU